AUGCCGAGGCUGUUCAAGAUGGUUCAAGAGGCCCAGAACUCGCUCUCUGACGACCACCUCCUUCCUCUUAAAUCAUACAAAUACUCCAGCGUCGACAAGUCCUUUAUUUCCAGAUAUAUCCUGAAGCAUUAUUGGAAUGCCGCCGUCGAAUUUAUCCCGUUAUGGAUGGCCCCAAACAUGGUAACCCUGUUGGGUUUCAUUUUCAUUAUUGCGAACGUGGCUUUCGUAACAAUAUUCGUACCGGACUUGGUGGGACCAGGACCAACAUGGGUCUACUACAGCUUUGCAAUUGGCGUUUGGAUGUACUCGACUUUGGAUAACAUUGACGGAAAACAAGCCCGCCGAACCAACACUUCGAGUGGGUUGGGAGAGCUGUUUGACCAUGGGAUUGACUCCCUGAACUGCACACUUGCCAGCUUGCUCCAAACAGCUGCCAUGGGAUUGGGCGCUACCCAACUCGGUGCUUUCACUGCUUUGAUCCCUUGCUUGCCCAUGUUCUUCUCUACAUGGGAGACGUACCACACGCAUACCCUGUAUCUCGGUUACUUCAAUGGCCCAACGGAGGGCUUGUUGAUUGCCAUCGCCAUCAUGAUUGCAUCCGGGAUUUACGGCCCACAGAUCUGGCGUUCCCAAGUUGCCGAUGUUUUCGGUCACCCUGAGCUGUUUGGGACACGAAGCUUCUUGGACUAUUGGGUCGCCAUUGUUCUUGGAGGAUUCCUAAUCGCCCAUCUACCAGCUUGUGUUUACAAUGUCGCGCAGGCACGCAAACGCCAGGGCCUUCCAGUUCUCCCGAUCUUCCUGGAAUGGACACCCAUUGUCGUUUUCACCUCGGCUGUUCUAGGAUGGCUGUUUUCUCCAUAUUCGUCUCUGCUGACUGACAAUCACCUGGUACUUUUCUGCAUCGUCAUGUCAUUCGUCUUCGGCCGUAUGACAACAAAAAUCAUCCUGGCCCACUUGCUAAAGCAGCCGUUCCCCUACUGGACAAUGAUGCUGGUUCCAUUAGUGGGAGGCGCCGUGCUUGCCAACCUCCCUCGCGUCGGUCUUCCUGCUAUUAGCGCUACGUUUGAGCUUUGGUAUCUUCGAUUCUACCUUGUCUAUGCCUUCACCGUGUACAUGCAUUGGGCAUUCCUUGUGAUCAACAGAAUUACGACCUUCCUCGGUAUCAACUGCUUGACGAUCAAAGAAAACAAGUCGACUGCAAGAGACACCGUGUACCGCAAUUUUGGUGAGCCCAGUCAGCCAACCGGCGACAAGGUCGGCUUCAAGACUCAUUGA